AUGCCCCCGAAAGGUGCCACAACUCGUCUCAACCCGGUCCGUCUGCAGACCAUCCCUCACCUUCGAGUCCGUCGUCCGAAUCAGCAUGAGCAGAACCCCUGCGUGACAGUCAUGUCUUCGAUGCUGAGUUGCUGGGCGUCGGCUGGAUACACUGCAGAGGGAUGCGCGGCCCUUGAGCAGCAAUUGAGGCAAUGCAUGGACGCACCUAAACCGAAGAGCAACAAGAAGAACACCAUCAACUACCACCUCAUGAGAAUGUACCCCAAGGUCGUCGGCCCCAAGAAGAGGGAGGGUACUCUUGGUUAA